AUGUCUGCUCCUAAAGUUGUCCGUUGGGGUAUCUUGGCUACUGGUGGCAUUGCCCAAACCUUUACAACAGAUCUCCUUGUCGACCCAGCCACCCGCGGCGUCCAUCAUGUCAAGCACACCGUUGUCGCUGCCGCCUCAUCCUCAUCUGCACCCCGCGCCCAGCAGUUUCUCAAGGAUGUUGGCGCACCAGCUGAAGCAAAAGCUUACGGUUCCUAUGAGGAGCUUGUCAAGGACCCCAACAUCGAUAUAAUCUACGUCGCCACACCACACUCACAUCAUUACCAGAAUGCCAUGCUCUGCUUGGAGGCUGGAAAGAACGUGUUGUGCGAGAAGGCCUUCACCGUGAACGCGGCACAGGCGAGAGCGUUGGUGGAUAAGGCGAGGGAGAAGAACCUCUUCUUGAUGGAGGCUGUCUGGACGCGCUACUUCCCGCUCUCCAUCUACGUCCGCGAACAGAUCAAGUCCGGCCGCAUUGGGCCUCUACACCGUGUCCUCGCGGAUAACAGCAUGGCGCUCAACCCCGAGGAGAACUUCAAGGACGGCAAGCACCGUAUGGUAAACCCGGAUUUGGCCGGAGGAGCAUUGCUCGACUUGGGCAUUUACAGCUUGACCUGGGUGUUCCAGACCCUCUACCACACACAGCCUGAGACUGCACGCCAGAAGCCGAAGGUCGUUGCAGCAUUGAAGUCAUAUGGUGCAACCAAGGCCGCCGACGAGACCUCCACCGUCGUUCUCAGCUUCCCUCGACCGGAAGAGCUCGGAGGAGAGGCACAUGCCGUGGCCACCACUUCGCUGCGCGUGGCCACCGCACCUGGUGGAAACCACGAUACCGCCUCUAUCAGGAUCCAGGGACCAAAGGGAGAGAUCCAAGUUUUCCCUCCUGCAUUCCGCCCUUCGCGCACUAGGAUUAUCCUCGCGGACGGAACCGUCGAAGAGAAGAACUGGGAGUUCCCUGGCCCAGGCAAGGGCAGCGGCUGGUACAACGGUUUCGGUGGACAAAAGAACGCCGAAGGCGAGGGCCACGGCAUGUUCUGGGAGGCAGACGAGGCAGCGACUGCGUUCCUUGAGGGCCGAAAGGAGGGCAAGUAUGAGGGCCUCGAGGAGAGCGUGGUCAUCAUGGAGGUAAUGGACGAGGUCAGGCGACAAGGCGGCCUUCAGUACCCAGAGAAGAUCGAGACGACCAAGUUCCCGACCCAACUAUGA